AAAACGACCGUCCCUAGUGCUCCAACUUUCUUUGCCUCUGCAUCUCCUAAACUCAUAGGAUGGCAGCAUUUCUGAAAUCCCUUCGGAAUCUGAAGAAUGAGAUCGUUCUAUUCUCUACCCCGUUACUUCUUCUCCCGCUGCCUUUAGUCAUUGGAACAAAGGAGGCAGCAUGUGCCUAUGUGAUCAUCUUGAUGGCAGUGUACUGGUGUACAGAGGCCUUACCUCUGGCUGUCACUGCCCUGCUCCCUGCUGUCCUCUUCCCCAUGUUUGGCAUCAUGCAGUCCAAAGAUGUGUGUAUGCAGUAUCUGAAGGACACCAACAUGUUGUUUGUGGGAGGACUGAUGGUGGCGGUGGCAGUGGAGCACUGGAACCUGCACAAACGCAUUGCCCUUCGAGUGCUGCUCUUUGUAGGGGUGCGCCCCGCUCUUCUGAUGCUGGGCUUCAUGGGGGUGACAGCCUUCCUGUCCAUGUGGAUCAGUAACACAGCCACCACAGCCAUGAUGGUGCCCAUCGUCCAGGCUGUUCUGGAGCAGCUCAACAACUACACAGAGACUGAGAUGCCUGUGAUCCUCAGCACUGAGGAGGACAUCCAGCCUCAGGAACCCACUGACAGCAAACAGACGGAGAAACAGGCAGAGGGACAUGUUGUGGUGACCUGUUUAGACCCGUUUGUGGAGGCUAUCCGGCGUAAGGAGGCUGCAGACAAGAAGAAGAUGUGUAAGGGCAUGACGCUGUGUGUGUGCUACGCUGCCAGCAUCGGGGGCACUGCCACCCUCACAGGGACUGGCCCCAACCUGGUGCUCAAGGGACAGAUGAACCAGCUGUUUCCUAACAAUGGCGAUGUCAUCAAUUUUGCGUCCUGGUUCGGCUUUGCUUUCCCCAAUAUGAUCCUGAUGCUGACCCUGGCUUGGCUCUGGCUGCAGUUUGUCUUCAUGGGAUUCAAUUUUAAGAAGACGUGGGGCUGUGGGGCAGUAAAGACAGAGAAAGAGAUAGCUGUGUACAAUGUGAUCAAGGAGCAGCAUCGUCAGCUGGGCUCCAUGUCUUUUGGAGAGCUGAGUGUGUUGGGUCUCUUCAGUUGUCUGGUGGUUCUGUGGUUCACCAGAGAUCCUGGCUUCGUGGCAGGCUGGGCCACAUACAUCUUCAAUGCUGACGCAGAGUAUGUAACUGAUGCCACAGUGGCAGUGUUCAUCGCUGUCCUUCUCUUCGUCCUACCUUCCAAGCCCCCACGCUUCUGUUGCAGGAGGUCCCAAAGCUUUGACACUGAGCAUCAACACCCAGCUGGCCCCACACCAGCUCUGCUGACCUGGAAGGUGGCCCAGAAGAAGUUACCCUGGAGCAUCGUUCUCCUCUUGGGGGGAGGGUUCGCCCUGGCCAAAGGCAGCGAGGAGUCAGGUCUGUCUAUGUGGAUGGGGGACCAGAUGACUCCCCUCCACACCAUCCCACCCUGGGCCAUCGCUGUCAUCCUGUGUCUGCUGAUCGCUAUCUUCACAGAGUGCACCAGUAAUGUGGCCACUGCUACUCUCUUCCUACCUGUCCUCGCCUCAAUGUCCCAGUCCAUUGGAAUGAAUCCUCUGUACGUCAUGGUGCCUUGUACUCUCAGUGCUUCCUUUGCCUUCAUGCUACCUGUGGCCACACCGCCCAAUGCUAUCGUCUUCUCAUACGGCUACCUCAAGGUUUCUGACAUGGCUAGGACAGGUAUAGUGAUGAACAUUAUCGGCAUCCUGUGCAUCACUCUGGCCAUCAACAGCUGGGGCAGGGCCAUGUUCCACCUAGACACCUUCCCUACUUGGGCCAACACUACUGGGGUUUGAGGGCACCGAGGGGCCACGGUCCACACCAUGAGGAAUGCACAUAGAGGGCCCUUAAUGUGCCAUGGACCUCUGGCGAGAAAGGCACCAACGUGACUGGUCGUGAUAGGUUGUUGGGAGAAAAGCCACAUUGCUUCCAUUACAAAGGACACUUGAAUAACCCUGUGGAAAGAGAGGAUGGAUGGAUGGAUGGAUGAGUGGGUGGGUGGGGGGAUUGGAGGAUGAGUUUAACUGGAGAGAUGAGGUUAAAAGUAGCACUACUGUACUUUUAAUGCUGUAAUGUGUUAUACAGAGUAUGUCCAGUUCCAUUUAAAAUGCCCAAGUAUUAUCUCCAUCAAAUUAUCAUGUUCUCAACUUCUCACUCUCAGAAGAAGGUUCUGCCUCAUAUUUGUUGGUCUGUUUAUAUCUAAAGACCCAUAGUUCAAAUCCAUUUGGGGUUUAAGAUUUUUGAUAAACUGUUAAUUUGCACAAAAUAGCUUCUGAACUAUGUUUCCAUGACCAAAUAAUGUAUGCCAUCUUCUCUUUUUGCUAAUCUCUAGUCUUAUAUUAACUUGUUUUCAUUUUGCUCGUAGUAAAUGGUGAAAUAUGGUGCAUUGUACUUCCGACCCCAUUUGAACUUUGAAUACUGUAUGACUGUAUAACUUGAGAUCCCUCUGUACACACUUUUCUAAACUUGAAUCAUUGGGGCUGGAAAAUGCAAACAUAUUGAAAACUCAGAUAUGUGAAUACACUGUACAAUGGUUACUGUGUGCGGACACUUUGACGUUUCUCCUUUACUAUAACAGUAAUAUAUGUAAUUCAAUACUUUUGAUUUAAUUAUUGGUAUGUUAUCUUGAUCAAAAGUUGUUUAUUGAUGAGAUGUAAUAUAGUUUAUAUAUAGUUUAUUGUAUAUGGUGCUUGCUAUUGCACCCUCUGAAAUUGACAAAAUGUCAAAGGUAAUGUCUAGGCUGCUUGCAUGUACAGUCAGAGAUGGGCAAAGAUUACAAGAUACAAUUACAGAAUACAAUUACAGAAUACCAUAAAGAUCAAUGUAUCAAAAUAAACUACAAAAUACUUAAUUAAAUGACAUGUAUUUUAAAAUACAGAAAUAGAUUUGGAAGUUGCUGGCCCGAACUGCAACAACAUUCUCAGUAACGGUUACAGAAAUGUUUUACUUGCUAUGACUGUGAUAUGUUGUUGUUUAUCUACCUUAGGUGAAUGCACUGACUGCAUAUGUGAAAAUGAACAUACCAAACUGAA